AUGAGCAUCAACGGAGCAGACUCGGUGUCGUCAGACUCGGGGGCGCCGCUGGAUCGCUUCAUGCAACGAAGGUUGCAGCGGCUAAACACCGAACAGGGUUUCCGCGAGCAGCGUCAAGCUUCGCUGUCGCAGCAGACGACCCAACAACACUCGAAAUCGUCGUCGUUGCAACAAGCCGAUCUUCACCACCAACAACCACAGGCCCACCAACACGUCCAGCAAUCGCAGCUACAGCAGCCACAACGCCAACAAUCUCUCCCAGACCACGCUGACCAGCCGCUGCCGACCCGCAUUCCUGCUCAAGUCAUCCCCAGCGUCCCGAAUUCGACUGCAACCACGCCAUCCUCGUCUUCGGCGUCGCCGCACUCUCACUUUCGUCACGACACCCCACAACAACCGCAAUACCAACCACUGCGCAAUUUCGCAAAACUGCACGACGACGGCCCGAUACACCUUUCGACCUCGUCACAGAACAAGGGCCCGCCUCGCCAACCCUCAAUGGCUUCGUCUAACCAGAGCGCCGCUGCCAAUGCCCGAGAACCCUCCAUCCUUUCGCAACAACAACCACAACAAGCCAAAGACGUCGGUCGCUCGACACCGCAGCCCCAGGCCGAGGAUUUGACUGAAGACCAGAUUCGGUCAUUGCUCAACGACCACAGAGAGCUCCGCGAAAAAUACCAAAAGGUCAAGAAGUACUAUUUCGAAAAGGAAGAUCAAGUCAAGCAAUUGCAAAACAGUCUCGCUCAUCAGCGAAUCGCCCAAUCACGCACAUCCCUCGACGACGGCGAGUAUGCAACCCGCUUCAACCGCCUGGAUGGUCUGAUCGCACAACUGUCCUUCAGCAUUAGAAAGAGCUGGAAGUCGGUGCCUAAAUGGCUCACUCCUGCUGUCAACAAGGACGCCAUAACCAUCGGCAAGCAAGAGAUGACGGCAGUUGGAAGGGCAUUUAUCUCGAAAUGGCUGGUGGAAGACGUCUUUGAUCGUUACUUCCACCCCGAUCUUGAUCUGGCCCUGUCGACACAUUUGAAGCAGAUGCAGAACAACAUCCGUCUCUUCGCCCCGCCUGCUUCAGUGCACGAGGAUGAAGAAUAUCUCACGUCCAAGGUCGUCAACUGGCGAUUGACCACGUUAGAGGCUAUGCAGGAUAUCCUGCGAUUGCCCGAAGCUCAGAAACAUCGCGCGCACAUGACCGACCUGCUCAAGGCACAGCUCACGACCGCUUUGAUGGCACAUCUCGACAACCCACCAGAGCAUGACCUUGAUGGUGGUGUACACAUGAUCUGCGAACUUGCUGUUGCAAUGCUAGGCCAUCUGCCGCAAGAGAGUCGAGACGUUACCAUCGAGUAUUUCCUUCCGGGGUCCGCUGUGAACCUUGAUAUGAUGAAGAUCGAGUCUGGAAUACCAGCGUUGACAAGUUCGUUUGCUGACGAGAUGGCCGAGAGAGGCAGCGUUGACAGCGAACUGGCCGAGACGAGCGAGCGACAAUCGACCGAGCUGACGUCGCGCAAGCGUGGCAUGCUUAGUGCUCUGACUGGCCAUAAGAAGAGCCAUCCGGCACAAGGGAAGCUGAAUGGCGGCAGCAGCACCAGUUUGGCGGGUAAAGAGGAUCGUGUGAGGUUGGCAGUCGGAAUUGCAGCUCAUGUGAGGGAGCGCGGUAUUCUUGUCAAGGCUCCAGUCUUCACUGGGGUGUGA